CGUUGCGUCGUGUUUUGCGACAAAAUUGUGCAAAUGGUUGUCGAAUCCGAUGCGUCCCGCGCAAUGUUUUCGGAAAUUUGAGAUUCAUCACUUGCGAGCGGUAAACGGGAAGCUGGAGAGAAGGACUCCGUCGUGUUUCUUAAGGAUCCUGCAGACAAGUAAUGGUCAAACUCGCGAAGAAGUUCUACGCGGGCGAUAAGGUCUUUGCGAAAGUUCGAGGUUACCCGCCAUGGCCAGCGAAGAUAGAAGGAGUCAUUGAUGCCAACACAAAGAAUGCUAGAUAUAACGUGUACUUUUACGGUACUGGAGAAACAGCUAUUUGUAAAGUAGAUGAACUGUACGUUUAUGCCGAAAAUAAGGAUAAAUUUGCAAAGCCCUCGAAAAGAAAACGUUUUACCGACGGUCUAGAGCAACUUGAGCGAGAACUCAGAAACGACCGAUCAGCACCCACAACUACUGUCGCAGACAUUAAAGGUGAAGAAACGGUUAAAGAAAAGGACAGUACGGUAGAAUCCACUAGCGUCAUGGAUAGUGAUGCAGAAGGUGGUCCUCUGGUUAUUGACGAAGGAGACAAGAAAAAACCACUUUCGAGAAAAUCAUUGCCUACCAUGGCCACUACUCCGCAGGGUGCUCCUGAAGUAAAGAAACGUCGUGGUAGGCAAAAGGCGACGCCUACAGCUGAUACUUCAUUGAAACAAAGUGCGUUACUUGAUUCACAAGGCGAGGAGUCACCUGGAAAGGAAGUUGUUAGUCGCAGUGGUAGAAGAAUAAAACCUAAACGUUUUGCCGACUUCUCCAGUUCAGAAGAAACUGAGGCGAAUAAAAAUGAUACUCCAGUACGUGGCAGGGGGAGACCGAAACUAGAAGAUUCCAGUGAAAGUCAAGCUUCACCUUCGAUUGCUGUCCACAGAAAACGCGGGGCUGAAAAAAAGAAUAACGUUGCGGAUUCCUUGGCAACGGAAAGCCCCAUUGUCUCCAGUACAACUUCUUCGGACUCUCCGGGGCGUGUCUUGUUAGCACGCACCUUCGCCGGGGAGUACGUUGGCAUAAAACUCGACGUGGACAGACCGAAGACCUUCGAAAGCGAAAAGGCUAGGACACAAUGGGAUUGGUCGACCGCCAGGAACGCGAUGAAAUUGAAAGCUCAAUUAGAAAGUGGUGAGAUAUUGCCGGAACAGGUGAAGGAUUCCCUCGACUUCAACGUGCACGUUCCGGAGUUCGAGAAGAGGGUCCUGGAAAAGGAUGGGGCCGUUCAUCGUAAGAAAUACAGGCUAAGAUGGCUUCGCAUAGAAUCGCAGAUGCUUCAGCUAGACGCUCAAAUAAAGUCUAACCUGGGCCUGGAUCGCAUCGACGCCAACAAAUGCUUACAGGCUAUGGACGAUCUUCUGGGUCUACCCAUCGAUCCAUUGAUGCUGAAGAAACACCCUCACAUAGUUGAAACCAUCAAAAGGUUGCGGCGUUACAUCGGCAAUUUAGCGGACUGGAAACUGACCGAGGAGGAAGUGGUCGCGUUCAAGCAGAAGGCGGAACAAAUCAGGCAGAAGGCUGAACACAUAUACAACAAAUUUAAGGCUAUGUUCACCAUACCGGAAGGUCAGUCUUUCUGGCAGUCCUUCUCCGAUCAAGUGGUACAUUUCAAGGAGCUGACGAAAGAUAUGCCCGAGGAAAAAAUGUUCUCUCUAAUGUCAGAUCCCGCGUGUCCAGACGCACCCACAUCUUUAGACACCUUACCGGACGAGGGUAACAGCCGACCGGAUUCGGGAACAACCGCGGAAGCGGAGGCUGAAAGGACACCAGCAAGACGUACCACGCCAACAGAGACUGAGACCAAGUAACGUCGAACGGUCCUUUCGAUUGGAAGACUCGAAGAAGAGCUUUCUUUUUCUUUUUUUCUCUCUUUUUUUCUACCACCAGUCGCUGUACAUGUCUACAAAGAAGAGACGCUUUAACCGGGCGAGGCGCAGUGCGAGAACUUUUUCGCGCUGAAAUCAUCUCUUGGCCUACCGAGAGUCUAGCAAAGAAGGAGCAUCGGUUUCUUUUUUUAUUUUAUUCGCAAAUAAGGCCCCUUCGUUUGCUUUAAACGGUGCGAACGCGACGAGCGUCCCUCUCGUCAACCAAAUACGAGGUCGUCCUUUGCGCCGGUACCCAUACUUUGUUUCUCGUAUUUCCGAGGCUUUUGUUUCGUCGCUGGUACACUUGGAGCGCACCAAAGAGGACACUCCGCUUCGCCGCAAUUUACCGGUAUCGCUUAGCAAUAAAGACGUAAUAUUGUUUAGGGGUCUAAUUGUUGAGAGACGAGUGGCCAUUGAAACGGCGUUAUUAAGUAAAGCAUUUUAUGAAAAUAGCAUUCGGCUAUUAAGGACACGUAACUUUGCUCAGAGGAGGUGCGUCCUGCAAGCGGAAAACAAUUUUGUCGGAAAAGACUCCUCGGUUAGAGACUUGGGAAUUCUCAGUUCUUCAAAUUGCAACCGAGCAAGCAUAAAUUGGUUUAAAGUCUCGUAGCUUCUUUCAUUACGGUGCGUCGGAAAAAAAAAAAAUCGUGAUAAUCAGAAACUAACAUAUUUCGUUUAGGAUAAUGUAUGAAGCUUGAAGUAUACGCUGUCUCUUCUCAUUGUGCUAAACCAUACAUCUGGGUAUCAGAUUCUUCGAUUUUUUACGUGUUGUAGUUCUUCUGGCGAGCAGUAAAUAUUUUCUCACGAGUGUUCUUAAGGACCUACCAGAGGGGAUGAAAUUAUUAGUCGUCAAUUAUCUGCGAAUGUUACUUCACCGGGUAACUUCAGGGCGAGCCUUUUUCGUAAGCUUGCACCUCGAUUGAUUUAAACGUCGUUUCCAGGCCACGUUGUCUCGACACACAACUCUUAGCCGUUCUAGUUGCAAUUUCAGUCUCACGCCUCGCGAGUUAGAAUUCCAUUCGACGCUUACAUUGCACUUGUAAAGGCAGUUCAAAGAGCCGAGUGUAUUAAUAUCCUCCGCGUUUGAUUCGUUUCCUCGACACCCGUCACACGUCUCGCGACAUUUUUCCAUCCCUCUUCUUCUUCUUUUUUUUUUCUUUCUUUUCAAGUGUUUUCGUUUAUAUCCAACUGAAAUUUUUCCCACAUUUCGGUAGGCUUCUAUCGACACCGAACAUUUCCGGUUUUAUUCGGGAGACACCAGGAUAAUUGGACUCUUAACGUUAGGAAAUUAACGUUUUAGAUUGAUAGUUAGGUAUAAUGUUGGUCACUUUUCUCUCUUUUUUUUUUCCGUUUAUUUUUUAUUGUAUUAUUACGAAAGUAUUGUAAAGAUUAGCACGGUAUAGGAUCUACUUUAAUAGUCCGCUCUCACAGCGCCAUUCGGUAAAUGAACACGUGCUUGUAAGUCGACGUCGACACGACUUAUCGGUCGACGAUAAAUGGGUAAACGUCACGUGCGAAUGUU